GUUAUUCAUUCCUCGCCAACACAGUGUCCAGAGUAGCAGCUCGUCUCCGCUUUCUGAACUCCUCUUCACCGAAGAAACGACACUUCGUCUUCUACCAACGAAUAAUAAAGAACAGAUACAAACUACAACUCUGCCCUUCAUUUAUUUGUCGAGAGAAGAGACAUUUGUCAUCGAAUAAGCGAAAUAAAUCCUCCUGCGUCACAAACCAGAGUACUCACUGCUCACUCGCUCAGGAGCCGCUCAACUCAGCAUCUUUUCUUUCCGGUUUCUUUCUUUUCUUUUUUAGAAAACAAAAUGAAAACCAAAUUUAUCAACGGGGUCUCUUCUUCCCCCUCCAUGUCACUGGGGCUGCUGGUGACUGAAAACGCCCUGCAGGUUCAGCCCGACACCGUGGAAGACAGCAAGGAGCUGGUUCGCCCCGACCAGCCCGACCUGGACACCCGGCGCAAGGCUUAUCUGUGGUGCAGAGAGUUCCUCCGUGGAGCCUGGAAAACCCUGUCUGAGGACGAUUUCCACAUCACCAUCAUAAGGGGUGGUCUGAGCAACAAGCUCUUCCUGUGCAGCCUCCCCGACAGCCAGGACUCUGUUGGGGAUGAACCAAGGAGCAUCCUGCUGCGCCUCUAUGGGGCCAUCCUGCAGAUGUCCUGUAAUAAAGGGGAUUCCAGACAGUCAAACAAAGAAAAUCACUGCCAAGGGGCGGAGGCCAUGGUGUUGGAGAGUGUCAUGUUCGCCAUCUUGGCAGAGAGGGAGCUUGGGCCUAAACUCUAUGGUAUUUUCCCUCAGGGCCGACUGGAGCAGUACGUCCCUAGCCGUAAACUGGACACCUGUGAGUUGAGUGACCCCAGCAUUUCAGCAGAGGUUGCAGAGAAGAUGGCCAAGUUUCAUGCGAUGAGGAUGCCUUUCAACAAAGAACCCAAGUGGCUGUUUGGAACGAUGGACAAGUACUUGAGCCAGGUGAUGAGGCUGAACUUCACCAGAGAGUCCCACCUGCGUCGCUUCAACCGCCUGCUCAGCUACAACCUGCCACAGGAGAUGGAUAUGCUCAAGUCUCUGCUGGAGUCCACCCACUCUCCUGUAGUGUUCUGCCAUAACGACUGUCAAGAAGGAAACAUCCUGCUGCUGAAGGGUCGCCAGAGCUCUGACAAACAGAAGCUGAUGCUCAUUGACUUUGAGUACAGCAGCUACAAUUACAGGGGAUUUGAUAUUGGCAACCACUUCUGCGAAUGGAUGUAUGACUACAACUGUGACGAGUUUCCUUUCUUCAAAGUGAAUCUUCAGGCCUACCCUUCAAAGGCUCAGCAGCUCCUCUUCAUCGAAAGCUACUUGAAGGAGUUUGACCCAGGGUUUGACAAUCUGAGUGAAGAGGACCAAAUGAGAGUGAAGGAGCAGCUAUACAUAGAGGUCAACAGGUUCUCUCUGGCAUCCCACUUCUUCUGGGGCUUGUGGUCAAUCAUCCAGGCCCGACUCUCCACCAUCAAGUUUGGAUACCUGGAGUACGCCCAGGCCAGAUUUGAUGCCUACUUCCAGCAGAAGAAAGUGUGGGCUGUCUAAUGCAGCGAUGACUGGAUGGAUUGACAACACUUUGAGCCCAGGCAGGAGGAGGACAAACUGGCUGAUAAAGACUGCACGAUCCACGCUUUACUUAUACACCCUGCCUUGAGAGAAUUGGCCAGCUACUGUAGGUGUUGUGUUGACAAAACCAAAACUGGAUCACUUGGCUAGGUGCUCCGUAACAGCUCAAAGUUUAUUCUGCGUAACCCCCUGAGAGCCAAAAAAAAGAAAAACAUUUACUUGUACUAACCUUCAUCACUGCUCUCUGCUUCUGCCUUAUUCGUACCAUAUCACUAACACCAGGGUUACGCUUUGAGCAGGAGAUUUUGAGCAUUAGAUUGGAAAAGUUAACAUUGCAUCAAUGUUUAUAUAUUGAUCAUUCCCUUAUGGAAAUGCUCUGUUGGAAAAAUGUGAACUUGUGGUGGCAGAUUCCUGCUAACAGAAGCAGGCAAUCGCUAAUUAUGUAUAUUAUAUAUAGAUCUCAAUGUGCCAGUAACCAGGCCCUAUCUGUGACUGAUGGGCUGACUUGUUGGCUGAUGGAAUCAUGACUUGAUCAACAGGUCGGAUUGAUGUCUACACUUACACACCUGCUUUGUCAAGCAGUUAUGUUAUUUUCUUCAGGCCAGGGUAAAUGCAGUUAUGUGACUUUUCAAGUAUGUGAGUAGUUAAUGUUCCUUUUCUGGAUGACUGGUUAAACUAACAAAUCAAAGACAUCAAAAAUAAGGUUUUUCCAUUCAAUUAGGUCUGGAUCUUUGUGGCCUCCAAGCUAAAAAAGUAGUUACACUGAUCUGCAAUGAAUUUUAACUGACAGAUGUUUGGUUGGUUUAUGGUAUUAUUUUGGAUCACUGUAACAAGUAGAUCCACAUUUUUGUGGAGUUUACAUGUUGGGUAUUAACAUUUCAUUGUCUGACUUAGUCAAAACGCAUUCCAACCUGGGGCUUUCAGACACUAGGGAGCUGAUGGACCAUAUUUCUGCUUUUUUACUUUUUAUAUUAUCAUUGCAUUGCCAGACACAUCCCACAGUGCACAUGAACAUGGUUUCUUAUUGUGGUAAUGGAUUCUUUGGUGAUGGGUUUUUGGUCCAUGUGCCUACUGCUAAGAUAACACAUGGAGGUCACACCAUACUGUACAGCUGUUAAAGGGGUAUUUAGUAAAAUAUGUCUCUAACUGUUUCAAACCGUGAACAAGACCACUCUGCAACUAAGAGCUGAGUCAUUAGUGUGAAUCACACAUAUAUUUGCUCAUGUUAUGGCCAAUGUCUGGCCUAGCAUGGUGGAAGUCUAAUACAUUUAACAAAGGAUUUCAAAACUGGAGCAGUGAAGUACUGUGCCCUGUGUGUACCAGGCAUACCUCAUACAUUCUCCUUUUAGGCUCGCUCCUAUGUAACGGGAUAUUUGUUUAAAUUAGAGCUUUUUUCUGCACUUAGCCUAGGUCUAAAAUCAAUUGUGGAACCAUCUUAGCUCCACAAUAAGAAAGUUUGCACUUGGGCUUUUCAAACUGCUGUCCUUAGUCAAAGACAGCUUUCACACUGGCACAUUCCAAGGUAGGCUAACCAUGACUUAGGCCUAGUGCUUCCUGACCCGGAGCAGGGUUAGCCCUAAGUAUUUUGGUGUUAUCCCUUGAAAAUUGACUUAACAUAUGGCUGAAAGGUGCCAAAAUGUGUAAAACCAGGCAAAAGUAAACCGAGUAGUGACACAACGUUCUAGAAUGUUAACGUAAGCUGCCUGUUUUAAUGCAUAUUGUGUAGUAUGUGUAGUGUGAAUCAUGCUGCUUAGCUUUAACCCUGGAAUAAGUAUAGCCCCUGAAAAAUCUAAACGCAGAGCUAAAAAGUGCCAGUGUGAGAGAGGGCAAAGGUAAUCAGAGUAAUAAUACAACAUUCAAGAAUGUAACCAUUAGAAGUACGGUGUGUAUUGUAGACCCCAUGGGCUGAGCUUAACCCAGGGUUAACAAUGUGAGUGUGUAAAGGGACUAAGAUACCCAGGGGCUAAAAAUAUGCAGUUUGAGCAGCCCUACUAGGAGCUGGUCAGAAAAACCUCUUUCCACUCUAAUUGGUACCAGUGGGCACAUGCUGACCUCUCAGUUCACCAUUACAGUAGCAGUGCCUAUUUGACUUCAUUAGGCUAACUUAGAGAAGAAUUAAAGACUAAAAUUUACCUUUUGCUAAGCCUAUCCUCUCAGUUAAUAUUGUUCUGCCUGUUAAGAUUUCGCAUCUUACACAACACAUAUGCAGUUUACAAUGAAAAUGACAGAUUUUAUUAGCUAGUGGCUAGCUUGCAGAGUAAGCUAACACAAUCUAACACUAAUGUCUUAAAAAAAAAUAUCUGGCUAAUUUUGUUAAUACUGAUUUAGUGUUUCCAGUUAACCUAAAUAUGCGCUUGGUGGCUGCAUACAAUAUACAUGUUAAAGGACUGAGGCUAAAGCUACCAGGAUACAAAAAUAAAUGAGAAUCAUUGUUCUUGUAUUGCACUGUCAUUACAGUUUCCAAGUCUUGAUUGGACAAUAACUGCUUGGGAUAGGGCUUUAGCGAAAGUCAAUUCAAAAGCCAAGUAUCUGCUCUAGGUAGUUUGAAUAGUUUCCUUGGAUUUGAUCCUCGCUUUGGAAUUAUGCAUAAAGACACACUCACAUUGCGCUCUACGGUGUGACUGUGCUGCUGUAAUAUCCAUGUACAUUCCUGUGAUAUUGUAGCGGCUUUAUACAUCCAUGUUUACUGUGAGACCCUGUGAUUUAGCAUGGAAGCCAACAAAAUGAUACUGUGACUCCUGUGAAGGGUACCAGUCACCUGAUACUGGAACUAUUCAGGAGUGUUUGAAUGUCUGCUGUGGCACUUUUGAUCUGAGGACCAAGACAAAAAUAACCCACAAUAUAUGUACUUGAGUAUUUUCAUGUUUAACAUUUCGGGGGUUGUUGAACUGUGAUUCUUUAAGUUGUUGAAAUGUUAUUAUUUUACAUAUAGGUGUAUUGUAUAUUUUAUUGUCAUAUUACUAUGAAUUGAAUGUGGUUUAUGUAUAGUUUGAAAUUUAUUUUUUGAGAUAGUGGAACUAGGGAUGCACCAUCAGAAUGUGGAUUAUACUGGACAACCAUUCAAAUUUUAAAAAGUGUUACUGGUACAUCCCCUGAGAGGUAAAGGUCUUUGCUUUCAUACCAUUCAGUGGCUCUUUCUUUGACCAAACCAGAAUUUGUAUUCAUUGUUUUAUCCGUCACUUUUGAAUUGUAUUAUCUGCCCUGACCUUUCACUACAUGCCAUUUCUGUCUUUAUGUUGUGGUCCUUUUUCAUGUUUUUUUAAAUAUUUGUUACAGAAAAAAUGGACACGGUGAUCUGUAACUAUUACACUACAUUGUUACUUCACCUUCAGUAUCACAUUAACUUUGAACCAAAAUCACUAAAAUUUGUACUCCAAAAUUGUAGAGAACAAACAGGCCACUUCUGUUUCUACUUGUAAUUAAAUGUAUGUAAUAUUCACUAACAGAAAUAUAGAGGGCCUUGCUAAACAUUCUCUCCAAUACAAAAAAUGACAAACUUGUAUCUUACCAUUCUUGAGAAUGUAGAUAGUGUUUAUAUAAUUCACUGAGGAACACAUUGUGUUCUAUAUAGCAGUCACAGAAACACUAUCAUGUGACUCACUUUAAUAACCUUUGCUAUCUAUGCAGCUAUACUGAAUGCAUAAUGUAAUCCUGAAAAAAACAUUCUUUGUGACUUAGAAAGGUUGGCUUGAAGAGCUGCAGCAUUGAUCUUGGUUGUAAAUGUACAUUUCUGCUUUGCACAAAUAAAAAUUAAAGAGACCGUU